AUCAAAUAUCAAGAGGAAUAUAUUUCAAAUGCACGAGGAUUGAACCUCUUUACAUGCCAAUGGAGCCCUUCAAACUACGAUCCAAAAGCUCUCAUCUUCCUAUGUCAUGGAUAUGCCAUGGAAUGCAGCAUUUCAAUGAGAGGCACCGGCACACGGCUGGCAAAGGCUGGAUUUGCGGUGCACGGAGUGGACUAUGAAGGCCAUGGAAAGUCUUCAGGACUUCAAGGCUAUAUUAGCAAUCUAAAUGAUGUCGUGGCUGAUUGCUUUACAUACUUUGCAAGUGUUUGUGAGAAAGAGGAGCACAGGAGAAAACGGAAGUUCUUGCUCGGUGAGUCCAUGGGAGGAGCUAUCGCGUUGAUGCUUCACAGGAAGGAACCUACCUUUUGGGAUGGGGCCAUUUUAGUUGCCCCCAUGUGCAAGAUCGUAGAAGAAAUGAAGCCUAGUCCCAUGGUGAUUACAAUCUUAAGCAAGCUCAGCAAUGUAAUCCCUACAUGGAAGAUUAUUCCUAAUGAAGACAUCAUUGAUAGGGCAAUUAAAAGCCAAGAAUGGCGUGAAGAGGUCAGAAACAAUCCUUAUUGCUAUAAAGGAAGGCCUAGGCUAAAGACUGGUUACGAAAUUUUUAUGGCAAGCUUGGAUAUUGAAAGCAAUCUUGAAAAGGUAACCCUGCCAUUCAUUAUAGUCCAUGGUGGUGCUGAUGCUGUGACUGACCCAGCAGUAAGUAAGGCACUAUAUACAUUAGCUGAGAGUAAAGACAAGACGCUGAAGCUCUACCCAGGGAUGUGCCAUGCUUUGACUUCCGGUGAACCAGAGAACAACAUUGACAUUGUGUUUUCAGAUAUCAUUCGGUGGCUUGAUGAGAGGGCAUUGGUUCAAAAUGAAUCAUAG